GCACCGCGACAGCACCGCGACAGCGCCGCCGCCGCCGCUCUCGGGAUUACCGCUGCUGGGAUUUGCCUUCCCCCUGGGCGCCCGCCCCGGAUUACAAUUGCACCAUGACCCUGGAGGAGCUGGUGCCUUGCGACAGCAGCAAGAUGCAGGCGGUGGGCGAGGCGGUGGAGCGGGUGCUGGUGGCGGCGCAGCGGCAGGACCGGCUCACGGUGGGGGUCUACGAGUCCGCCAAACUGAUGAACGUGGACCCCGACAGCGUGGUGCUGUGCGUGCUGGCCACCGACGAGGAGGACGAAGGUGACAUCGCUCUGCAGAUCCACUUCACCCUCAUCCAGGCCUUCUGCUGCGACAACGACAUCCACAUCCUGCGCGUCUCGGGCAUGCAGCGCCUGGCCGCCAUCCUGGGCGAGCCCGAGCCGGCCGCCGAGCCCCGCGACCUCCACUGCCUCUUAGUCACGAACCCGCACACGGACGCCUGGAAGAGCCAAGGGUUGGCGGAGGUGGCCAGUUACUGCGCCGAGAGCCGCGACAGGAACCAGUGGGUGCCCUACGUCUGUCUGCAGGAGCGCUGAGCCGGCCCGGCCGAUGCCCGGCUCUGUACCUGGAGAAGGAGGAGGAAAAAAAAAUAAAACGGCAGGAAAAGGAAGGAGAACCGGCCAGUUAAAAAACACGAACCCAAACACCCACCGACUUUAUUUUUCUUUUUAACCGGAGAGGAGAAAGGAGCAGGCCGGCCGCACCGGUGGGCAUGGGAAGGAGGCGAGCGGCGGCCGUGCCAUGCCGGCA